UCUCCUACUCACACAGUAGUCUGUUGUUUUUGCUGGAGUCUAGAGUUUUUUGUCUGUCCUUUGUCAGAGGCUAUUCAACUUAAAGUCCACCCUGCUUACUGCUAACAAUGGGGCUGGAGGUAAAGUGGUAAAGUGUGUAUCUCCAAGGCAACUGUUGCCAAUGCAAAACACUCAAGGACAACAUUCCGCUUAACAAACACAGGAUUAACUAGUACUGUAUGGACUGGGAUUAUAUGUAUUUAUUUUUCAUUCAUCCAUUAUAGGCUGCACCAGCCGUUUUCUUGGGAUGUAUGACGAUGUAGGGUUCAAAAACGAGAAUAGAGAGAGAGAGUUGGAACGCCUGCUAGAAAUGGAAAGAAUGAAACUUUACCGACUGAGGGACACAGCCGGCUUCAACUUCACCAUGAAACUACCAGGCAUUCGCUUGGCCUCCACUCCGGUGAUUAUUCCUCACAGCUCACCUCCCUCUCGCCAGAGUCGUUGCCUGAUGGUCACGUCUUUGGCGUUGCCAAAGAUCUCACAUGUGACCCAGUCCUGGAAAGACUUUCAGAGCCUUCACAGGCUGAACCCUCUGCAUCCCCCGCUGGUCCCUAAACGCACCGUAUGCCUGGAGACGUUGGCUGUCCACCACCACAAUCAGCAGAGGUCCCUCUGCAUGCAGAGGAAGGAACACUACACGUAUCAUCAAGGGUGGCGGAGACCUUUCUAUGGCACCAGCAGUGAGAGAGAGGAUUAUCGGAAAGAGAUACGAGAGCAGCUGAAAAAGCAGAUAGAGGAGAAAGGGGUUCGGUCGAGGCUGCAGCUGGCCAGUAAAGUGAUGGAGGCUGACUACAUGCGCGAUGAGGAGCGCCGCGCUGUGACCAGAGACAGAGAGGAGUGCAUCAAACACAACAGAGCGAUGACGCUUUACCGAGAUGAGAAUAAGAAGCUAAUGGAGCAGACAUGGAGAGACAGAGCACUAACCCGAUCCCUCGGGGCUCUGGAGGAGAGGGAACUACUGCGCUUAAACCCCAUUAACUGGAGUGGAACACUGAAAUAGACUGAACCUCAACACAUCCACUCUGAUCGAGAUGCAUCUUUUUGGCAGAUGGGACAGACUGUGUAAUUGCUAAUGGGUGGGUUAUAUUACCCCAUUAUAAUUGGACACAAUGAGACCACACUCCAAGUCUCAUUCUCCACAGUGCUGGGUAAUUGCAUGAUAACGUUUAGAUUUUAAUAGAAUCAGUUUGUUUUUUGAGGAUUUUCCGAGUUCAUUGAUAAAUUGAGAAACCAUUAUAGAGAAUUUCUCAGAUUAUGUUUAAAGAUUUUAUUGAAAGUGCAAAAAAAGGAAAUAUUUUAGGAAGAAAUGAGUCAAAGCUAUUUAAUUAAAUGGGAAAUAAUAGUUAGCAAAUUAUGUUUUUGCAGCAGGGAAGUGAGCCUUCUAGUCUAAUAAAGUGGGGGGGAAUCACAAUCAACCAAAUAGCUUGAUGGUUUCUAAAAGUCAUGGCUCACAUAAUUCCGUAAAAUAAAAAAAGAAAGCAGAACAUUUGAAAACAUAUCACAGUAUUAAAUUCCCCCCAAAAAAUAUUCUUUGAAACCAAUGUCCAGGAAAUAAAAUAGAGUUUAUGUCUUGCAUUAAGGAGUGCAAAUACAUUUCUAAAACACACGUAACCACUUUAGUGUUAGAGCUCAUCUGGCAGUUUGACAAAUAAAUUAAAUGAACAUGCAGCAGUCGAUUCUCGUCCUGAAAAACAGAUAAUAAAUAAACAGACUAAGUCAUUGAAGUAACUUUUCACAUGCAUUCAUAAAAAAAAAAUCAAGUUAAAACAAUGGAAAUUAAUAAAACAGUUCUUCAUAAUGGAUGGAUUCCAGAGUAUUUCAAGGAGCUUGCUUUGAAA